UAAUGUUCGUUCAUCUGAAUUUAAAGACAGAGUGAUGAGGCAGAAGGCUCUGGACGAAAUUGCGAAAGCAGUCAAUAAAAACGGUAUUUUAUGCAAUUUCUUGUAGACUUGUUUUGCUGUGAAUUGUGAGAUGUGAUAUUACAUGAAAAACUUCUACACUCAAUGCUCGACAUUGCUUUGUUUAAUUUUAACAGUGGAAUGGGUAAAGAACAAACUGCGAACUUUAAGGAAUUGCUAUACGAAGGCAAAAAAGGCACCUCCUUCGGGAACUGCACGGCGGAACCUUUCUAAGAGAACUUCUUGGGUUUUGGAUAAACUACAAUUCCUUGAAGAGCAUGUUGCCAUCCGAGCAACAGCGUCUAACAUGGAUGAUACAAACUCUUUGGUGGCACGUGAUAACAGUGAUAAUGAGAAUGGUUCCAUGCUUCAACAUGCCAUAGAUUCUGAUGAAGAUUUAAACACGCUAGAUCUUACUGACAAUAACCAACAGGUUAUCAAGUCAACCAAACUACCAACAAAGCCAAGGGGAAAGUCAUUGAAGAGAAAGUUGGAGGAAGAAGAAUUAAGUGUUAUGAGAAGCCUGACUUCUGCAAUUGUUAAUGAUAGCAAAAAAGCACAAGAGGAUAAAGAGCCAGGGGAAUGUGAAUCAUUUGGAAAAUUUUUAGUGGAGUCACUGAAAAAAAUGGAUCAACAAUCUAGACAUUAUGCUCAGUAUCAAAUCAGUAAUGUGUUAUUUCAAGCACAAAUAGGCAUGUUAAAUCCAGUUCAAAACAAUUCAAAUACACCACAGCAAGAUAGAUGCACUUUGCAGUAUUCUGCACCACAUUAUAUCCACUUUGGAAACAAUCAUGGAGUUUGAUAAAGGAGUCUGAGUUGUUACAUUUUAUUGGAACUGUGACUUUUCAUAUAGCUAUUUUAGCUGAGCCUGGUUGACUUUCUUUUGUUUUGAUUAGCUUCUAUACUUACUGUAAGAAAUUUUUGUUUCAUUGAUUUGUACAACGCCUGGCAUGUUUCAAGUACAAUAUUAGAUAUCGUUCGUUCUCCCAUACGAUACUGGAAAGAGAGACUUCUGAACGAUUCUCCUUCAAAAAAAUAAAUGAUGAAUAAACUUUCUGUUUUUUAAUUCA